CAGCGUCAGAUUGAAAGAGACUUUGGACACAGUUAGGAUGAAGAGUUUUCCCACUUCUGAACUAGCUUCUGGCUUUUCUUACGCGUAUCACACUCGACAACAAUGUUGAAAACUCGAAAACGUCGUUCGCAAAAGAACUCAGGAGUCCUCUGGUGUCGAGAGAAGGCUUUCUAUUGGAACUUGACAGCGGGUUUAGCAGGAGUUCAUAUUUUAAUAUCUUUAAGAAGGAACCUAGAAUAUCACAGUAACGAACUGAUGCAGAAAGGCUGGCGUUGGCUCACAACCUAUUUACUUGAUUGCCCACUGUAUGUGUGGGCUACUUGUGAAAUCAUUAUUUCCAAAGGACAAGGACAGAUAUUCCAAAUACAUACAGGUGUUAUUUUUGUGAAGCUGAAUUCUUACAAGCCACCUUACCCACAAACCAUGAUGUGUGAUGAACAAGUUUCAUACCUUAAAAAAAUUCAGCAGUCUUUUGGAACACGAGUGCCGAAAAUUAUAUUGCGCAGAGCUGAAGAAAUUUUUCUAUCUCUGAACGGGACGUUGCAGAAAAUUGAUAAAAUCAAGGUAGAAAAUGAUGUGGAUGUUCUGAGUGAAGAAGAUACCGUUGGCAUGAGAAAUGAUAAGGUUUACACACCAUCAACUUUUCCCAUAAUAAAGGAUGAAAGGAAGUACACUAAGGCUCUACCCCAUUCUUCUGAAGUAAGGAUAUGGUAUGCUGAAUUACCAGAUUGUACUCAUAGUAGAUCUUGUUUAGGAUGGAUGUAUUAUGUAUUCCCAUUUGCCUUCUUCUCAUCAUAA